AUGGCGGGUAUUAACAAGCGCAGCAGGUCUGCCGCCGCAGAGGACGACGGAGUCGACCAGCUUGGAUCCGAGACACCACGGUCGGGCGUCGCGACCCCGCAGCCAGAUCUCCACGACAAGCGGUUGCCGGGUAUAAUGAGCUAUUUCAACCAGGUUCGUUCAAGCUCUUUUCAGCGGUUGCUGUCAAGUUCCUUCAAGAGCGGCGGCGGGCAGAAUGCGACUCCGCCAGAGCCUGCCGCGCCCCAGGUCGAGGAGUCUUCGCACGCUGCUUCCCCAUCUCAGCUUCCACCCAGCCCUCUUGAACCGGUGUCCUCCUCUGCCUCGUUAGAGGAAGGCCCUCCUCUCCUGGCUCAUGAGAUGGUGGGACUGUCCCUGGAGACGUCGCCCCAGGAGACCGGACUACUGCAUCCAUAUCCCACCCCUCCGACUUCGCAGCGGUCUUCGUUGCGCGCGGCCGAUUCGUGCAGUCAGAAGUCGAGGGUUGGGUCCCCCCCAACUUCCCGACCGGUCAGUCUCCGUCAUUUCACCAUCUCGGACUUUGGAAGAGGCAAAGGACGCAGAAAUUCUCUUCUGGCGGCCUUGACGACUACCGUCGACGGAGCAAGCGUGUCCGCCCGUCACCUGUCAAAUCCUGCCGGGCGUGCCUCUACUGUGCCGAACUCUCCAAGCCGCUCACCCUUUAACUCUGGGGGCGGCCAUGUUUCUUACGAGUCCGCAUCUGUCGUACACCUCAAGAAGCUAACUGACGUUUCGGCCAACAAGAGCGGUACAUCUACCCCUACCCGUGCGCUAUCUGCCGCUCAACCAUCGCCCGCCGAACCCCAAAAGGACACCCCCACUCAACAAGAAAACGGAGACAGGAUUGACCGCACCGUGGCCCACACGCCGGCUCCCGAGGGCGCACAAGCGCCUGCCGCCAAGGGAAAGCUCACCAUCAAGAUUGCCGAGGCGAGGGGGUUGAGGAAGUGCAAGGAUCCCUAUGUCGUUGUUGUCUUCCAACGCAGCGAGCUUAUUUCUGGCGGCCCCCGCCCCGGAGAGGACGAUGACGAGGCCGCCAUCGCUGCCGUUGCUAUGGGAGGUAUUCCAAUCCAGCGCCAAGGGAGUGACUCUGGCAGGCCACCCAUGGCCAUCCCGAUGCGAAGCAGACAGAGCAGCAAUACUAGCCUUACCGACUAUACCACUUUCCGGAACCGCAACGGUCGUCGAUCCUUUACAAACCCCAAAUGGGAUGCCGAAGCUCUCUUUGACGUUGUUGGCUCGGACAUGCUCGUGGAUAUUUCUGUCUACGGUAACGGACAAUCUGGGCAGGAAUUCCUCGGGCAUUUGGAUUUCCGGGCUCAGUCUGAGCGAGAUGGGCCGAUUCGGGGAUGGUUCCCCUUGAAGGGAAAUGCCGAUACGAUGAUCGAAAACACGCCCACGGGCGAGAUAUACGUUGAAGCCUUCUACCAUCGCACUGAGCAGAAGCACUUCGGACCUGCAGACUUUCAGAUCUUGCGGCUCAUCGGAAAAGGCACCUUCGGCCAGGUGUACCAGGUUCGGAAGAAGGACACCAAGCGGAUCUACGCCAUGAAGGUUCUUUCCAAGAAGGUCAUCGUACAGAAGAAGGAAGUCGCGCACACCGUUGGCGAACGAAACAUCUUAGUCCGCACGGCCAUGGCGGAUUCGCCAUUCAUCGUUGGCUUAAAGUUUUCUUUCCAGACGCCUUCAGACCUCUACUUGGUCACCGACUACAUGUCGGGCGGUGAGCUCUUUUGGCAUCUGCAAAAGGAGGGCAAAUUCGAGGAGAAGCGAGCCAAGUUCUACAUCGCCGAGCUGAUUCUUGCUAUCCAACAUCUGCACCAGAACGAUAUCGUUUACCGCGACUUGAAGCCGGAAAACAUUCUGCUGGAUGCCAAUGGCCACAUUGCACUCUGCGACUUCGGGUUAUCAAAGGCCAACCUGACAAAGAAUGACACAACCAACACAUUUUGCGGCACAACCGAGUACUUGGCCCCCGAGGUGCUUUUGGAUGAGGCUGGAUACACCAAGAUGGUCGAUUUCUGGUCCCUAGGCGUCCUCGUAUUCGAGAUGUGUUGCGGAUGGAGCCCUUUCUACGCCGAGGAUACACAGCAGAUGUACAAGAACAUUGCCUUUGGCAAAGUCAGGUUUCCUCGCGACACCCUCUCCCUGGAAGGACGAAAUUUUGUGAAGGGAUUACUUAAUAGGAAUCCGAAGCACCGACUUGGCGCCACGGAUGACGCUGAAGAGCUCAAGCGACAUGCCUUCUUCCAGGACAUAGACUGGAUUGCUCUUUCCAAGAAGCUCAUCACGCCGCCUUUCAAGCCGCAGCUAAAGAACGAUACCGAUGUGUCGUACUUCGACCCCGAAUUCACCAACGCGCUCAACACCAACGGGUCGCUCAAUGAGAGGGCGGCUGCCCUAGCCAAGGGAUUUGCGACAUCUACUCCGCUUUCCCCAUCGGUACAGGCCAACUUCCAGGGGUUCACGUUUGUUGACGAGAGCGCGCUCGAGGACCACAUGAAGGAUCGGUUCGAGAUGAGGUAUGAGGACGAGGACAUGGAUGAUGUCAGCAACUCCAAGAAAGACGACGACUGGGACGAUCUUCACGAUCUCGAUCCCCGAAACGCGAACCGGAUGAGCGGGAUUGUGAAGACGAAUACGAACGACGAGCAAAUGUUCGGUGCAUCCAACUUCGACGACAUGUAA